CUUCCAAACACUUCCUUCCCAUACACUCAUAUUCUGCAGUCAGUGGGUCGCGCCCAUCUCUUCAAUCUCCGAAAUUUGGGGCCUCCCUUUUAUUUUUCUAUUCAGCCUUCGUUUUUUCUCCUUGGAAAUUGAGGUUGUGCCCUGUUCUCGUUGCCUCACCCUUUCGUUUCAUUUCCCAAGUUCGCCUCGACCAGCGGAAUUGUCUUAUUCAGACUCUAUCAUCGAGUAAUCAUUCAUCUUCCUAGCCUCGAUAGGAAAAGGACUCCGACACCUCGGUUUCCUUUUUCUUAGCCUAGGCUCCUAGACGACUUAAUGGACCGCCUUCUAAUUCCAUCAAUCUUACGGCCAGAUUAUACUUGGCCGCGGCGGGUGCAGUCUACCGUCCGGCAGACUACGCCUCAAGUACCAGUUGGACCCAACCGAUACACCAGAGUCUUCUGGGGCAUCAUUCACAAGUCACUUUAUUACUUCUCUCAAUGGUACUGCUCUUGGUUUGAUCUUCCAUUCGAUGCAAAUAUUAUUCAAUUACCAUUUGGCCUUGUUAUGAAAUGGACAGACCGGACGAGCCUUGAGGAGGCUGUCUCAAUGCAAAUGGCUGAAUCUGCUGGAAUACCGGUGCCCAAGGUCAUCAGCUGUGGUGAACACCUAGAUGCCCCUUUUAACCGAAGAUUUUCUAUCUUGAUGACAAGGCUGUCUGGUGUACCUCUUGAGAACUCGAGCGAUAAACUACAGGUUGAAGCUGAGGAGCCUUGGCUGGAUGAGUUGAAAUUAUGUAUUACCUCUAUGCGAUCGUGGCAUUCUCCAGGGUUAGAGACGAUUUGCUCUCCUAUUGGAACUCGCUUACGGAGUUCACGAGUUCCCGGGCACAUCAUGGGUCCUUUUUCCAGCCUAGAGGCUUUUUACAAGUAUCUUUUUUCCCCGGCUUCAGCCCAUGCAUUCAAGUCCGAUACCGAAUAUCAAAAAUCCCUGUCCCGUGCACGAAGAUUACAGAAUCAUCAACAUAGAAUUGUGUUCACUCAUGGGGAUUUCAAAGCACAUAACAUUCUUGUUGAUGAUGAAGGGCACUUAUCUGGGUUUCUCGACUGGGAAUCCGCAGGCUGGUAUCCCGAAUACUGGGAAUUCACAACGGCUAUGCGCUUUGGGAGAGAUAGCUGGUGGUUCCAAGUCGCUUCUUGGAUGGGCGGAGAUCACUAUUUGGAUGAGUUGGACUCCGAUGUGGCUUUAAACCUCUUAACAGUCGACUCUUAUAUAGCCCUUUAAUUGAUUGAUUUUACAAAGCCGUGGCUGGCUGUUCUUUGCUGCCCCUUCACUAUAUUGGUUUCCAAAAGUCAUACAUUCCUUCUGCAACGCAUCGAUAUCGCUACAGCGUACUAUCCCCUGUUGAACCAGCUCUUUCAGGAUGACCAUUAGCCACACCCGGCAGGUUAUACCGGGAAUUGAAUUGGUGUCUUUAUCACGAGAUCUCAUAAUUUCAUCGAGACGGCCAUGAUUUUCCUGUGGGACCUUUGCGAUCUCGAUAAGGACACACAGGAAAUUGGACUUGAAAACGCCUCCAGUUUGGCCAUGGUCUGGGAUUCACCCUCCGCCCAAGUUCCUCAUGUGGUAUUUCGACCCUCCCUGAGGGCUAGUGUGGAAAUAAUAGCCCCAGUGAAAGUCAUCUGGCUGAGGAGGAUCGGAUCGUAUAUAAAGAACAAUGAAGAGCGUGUUUAGGGGCAAUUGAGUGAGGGCGUUUUCCUGGGCCUUUUUGAUGGCCAAGGCCCGCUCUCUAGCAGCCUCUGGUUUCUGAGCGGCCUGCAUAUGGAAUAAUCAGGGAAGGGAUUUCGGUGGAUCGAAGAGAAAUUAGAAGAAAGUGAUGAUGGCUGCUAUGAUUGUAUUAGGGAUGGGAAAACUGAAGACGAAACCCAAGCUUAUACACAGCCAACGCAUAGAGACUGAAUCCAUUGCCUAAUGAGUGUCAGAGUUGCGUCAACAGGCGUUCAC